UUGGCAGCUGCGCGGCCGUGGCCGGUCGCGGUCAGUGCAGCGCGGUCCGCCGAGCAGAGAGAUUCCACACGCAUCAAUGUUGGCGCCGACGCUGCUGCUGCUGCUCCUCGCGCUGCUCACUGCAGCUGCCUCCGGAGUUUUUGUGUCAAACCUGGAUGCAAUUUGCUCGAGAUGCCUAUGCCAUGCAGCAACCAGCUGUGACACAUCUGCUGGAUGCUCACGUGGCUACUGUGGACCCUUCUACAUAUCACGAGUAUACUGGGCAGCAGCCGGAAAAAUAGUACUGCCAGAGGAUGAACCGGAACGUGAUGGAGCUUACCAGGACUGCACACUUGACUACAACUGUGCCAAAAGUGUUGUUGAAAAUUACAUGGCCAGAUAUGGCAAGGACUGCAACGGUGACGGAAUAACGAACUGUGAUGAUUAUGCGAUGAUCCACUACAACGGUGCAGCAAAUUGUGAGCGGCCGGUGGAGGGCAGUAAAUUCUAUGACCGAUACCUCACAUGUCGGCCUCCAGCAGCAGAUGAUACCUUAGAUGUGGUACCUCCAAUCAGGAACUCCAGAAUCCAGCCACACAUCUGGUCCAGUACUUGGGGCAACUCGAGCCGCAGCGAUGUGGGGCGGACUGGCACCCCAGCAGCUGGUGGGCGCAUGCAGACACCUGGUGGCCGUGGGGGAGGCGGCGGCGGUGGUGGCCGGCGCGGCAGGAACAAGAUGGCGGCGCAACAACAGGGUACUUCCACGCCAACACAACUGCACAGUAGGACUCCACACACAGAGUCUCAGAAGAGUUCAUUGUCUGCCCCACAUCAGAAGUCUCGUAUGGAAAAAAAAAUACUCAGUGAUUUUAUGCCUGAUGGUAAGUUUAAUCAAAAGAAUGACUCCCCCAGAAAGAGCCACAAGGUGGCUACUUCAAAUAAUGUUGGAAAAAAGGCUGCUGAGGGAACAAAAUCAUCCAGACAUGCUGAGUUAAUAUUGCCAACCAAACAACGUGAGAGCGGCAGCACACUGCCUACAGCAAGAAAAGAGAAGCUGAAAAUAAAUGUUCCACAACCGACAAAUAAUAGCAACAGGUGUGGCAAAGACAAUAUUGGACAUACUGUACCUGAACUAAUGGCUGAUAAAAGCACGAAAAGAUUGGAACAUUCCAGGGAAAGCUAUGCUCCAACUGUCAAAUUUCCGGUGCAAACAAGAACACAGCCUGAGGAAUUAGACUUAAGAGCAGCAUCAGUAUUAGAACUCGGUGGAGAAAGGGACAUCCCAGAGCCAACUAGCCCUGCAUACUCGGACAAUGAUUGUAGUUUCAUGACAUAUUCCAGUGAUGGAAUAUCUGUCAUUAUAAGCAAUGGUGGCUGUGUAUUACAUGAUGAACCACAUUCAAUUGUGCCACAUACAGCCAAGUCAGAUCUGGAGAAAUUGGGAAAAGCAUUGUGUAUUGAAAUUCCAAAGCAAGACAAUGAAACUGAUGAUGGUGUGAAGUCAGUGAAAUCUAUAUCACCAUUGUACACACCAGGGAGUACUUGCCCAGAACUAACUUUUUCUGGAUCUCCUCCACUUCUCAACAGCUUGGAUUCCAUUAGCCCUGUGGACUCAGCAUGGUCCUCAAGAACCUUGUCUCCAAUCAGCUAUGAAUGCAAUUCACCAGCUGUUCUCACCAAAACAGCCUCCACUGCUGCUACUUCCGGUAGUGUGGUCACUACUACUACUCCAACUACACCAAUUUGCAGAAAGAUCCCUUCCAGUAAUAGUACAAUCUCUCCAGCAAAUGCAGAUGACACUUGGCUGUGGCUUCCUGCUAUCAUUCCACCAUUGACGUUGUUGUUACGCUGGAUUUGGUUCCCAGCACCACCACCAAAUUUGCCGUGGAGGGAUCCAGUACUCAAAGAAAAUGAGAAGGCAGCACUAACUGCUCACUAUUAUUUGAGAGGGCCUCCACCAGAUCCUUCUAAUAUUCAGUGCAUAGAGGGUAGAUGGAAGAAGGAUCCAUACUGGAGAUGGAUCCCAUCAAAUGGGGACGUGAGUGAAGGUGGACAUUGGUAUGAGUUGCCAACACCACCAGAGCCAGCUCAGGGAGCUUGGUAUCUUGUCUGGCCUGCAGAGUUACCAAUGAGUAGCUCCCCUUUUAUUCCUGGUCAUGGAACAUGGCUAACAGGCACAUACUAUGCUAAGAACAAUUUGAUGCCUACAAUGCUAUUACCUCAAAAGAACUUACCACUCAUGUACAUGUAACUGAAACUUUCCAAGACGAUGCAUUUUGAAAUUAACAUUGCCAUUGUGCAAUGUCCAGUUCAAAAGAUUUGUACAAAACGUAGUUACCUGUGUUUCACAGUGUGCUUUUCAGAGAAAGCUUCAUUCUUCGUUGUUUGGAGAAUUUUAUGAGCUACUGCUAAGGUUUUGUCCCUGUGUUUACCAUUUAACACCACUAGUAAAUGGAAGUUAUGUAAUUGGGCAAUGUAUCAUUUAUAGCUGUGAGUUUCAAUCAUUGAAUAAGCAGCAGGCAUUUGGAAUGGGCAUGGGAGUUUCUAUAUUGUAUAUUGUAGUAAUAUUUUCUUCUGAUCACUGAGCUAAAAACACUCCACAGAAAUUGUGUGUUUGCUAUGUGUUUAAAGUAAAGGCAUUGAUGUACAUGAGUGACACUGUUUAAGCACAAGAAUCCAGGUAAAGCAGAUUUAUGCUGGCAGUUUUCUGUUACCUCUUGUUAAGUGUUUACAGUUAACAUAUUUAAAAAUAAAUUGCCUUUAUACACCAAAAAUUUGUCAUGUGUAGAAAAUCUUAACAAAGUGGAGUUGUAUAUUUCUCCUGAAUCCUUAGAAAGAAAAUAACAAUGUUGUCUGACAAAUGGUUGUCCUGUUAUGGAAUGCAACAAACUCAAAUAUUGCCUUGUGGUUAAUAAAAAAGUUGGACCAUUGCUUUUUACCCAUCAGUACUGCUAGCUG